CAUAAUGUUGGUGUAUAUUGUACUGCAUUAGCACAUUUAUAGUCCUGUAGCAUAAUGAGUGCAGUCUUGUCAUCUAAUCUGAUGAAAAUCUAUCCUCUGCUGUGCCUUUAAGUGUGACAUUUGAAGUCCACUUUCCUCUUCAUUUGACAUGAGUGUAUACUGGUAAUUUUAAAAAGUCACAGUAUGGUGAUACACAUGGCGCUUGAAAUACUAUCAGAUUAUAAUUGCAUCAUGGGAACUUAACAGUAUGCAGAGCAGCAGUGUAAAGCAAUGAGAGUGCCACUUACAAUCUGUCACAACUAUUCAACUCUGCCAUUAUAUCACAGAAGCAACCAUAGAUAGUAUGUAAAUGAAUGUGUAUGGCUGUGUUCCAAUAAAACUUUAUGAACAUUGGAAUGUGAAUUUUGCAUGAUUUUCACACAUCACAAAAUAAUCCUUUUUUUAACCAUUGAGAAAAGUAAAAGUGGCUAAGCACGAUGGUGCAUAUCUGUAAUGCUAGCACUUGGUAGACUGAGGCAGGAAAAUUGUGAGUUUGAGGCCAACCUGAGCUACAUAACAAGUUCCAGGCCAACGUUGGCUUCGUAGUGAGACGCUAUCUCUAGAAAAGAACAAAACAAGUAAAACCCAGGGGCUAAGGUGUGUAGCUCAGUGGUAGAGUGUAUACCUUCAAGGCCCUGGGUUCAGUCCCUAGCACCAGUCCCCCAAAAUGUCAAAAACUUGUUUUUAGAUUAUAAGGAGAAUAAAAAUAGGCAACAUUGCUGGAUUUGGCCCAGGAGUUUGCCAACCUGUACCCUUAUAUUUUCCUAGAAUGGUGCUUUUCAUUUAUUUGAGAUCUUAAAAUCUAUGUCUUGACCUGCAUUCUUGAUUUAAACAAUUAAAACUUGCAUAGAAUACAUAAUGACCUCUUUUUCAGAUUGGUCUCUUUUCUCUUUUUAGAUAAUCUUCCACUUGUUCAUCAAGAUGGAAAACUCAGAUUCUAACGAUAAAGGAAGUGGUGAUCAGUCUGCAGCACAGCGCAGAAGUCAGAUGGACCGAUUGGAUCGGGAAGAAGCUUUCUAUCAAUUUGUAAAUAACCUGAGCGAAGAAGAUUAUAGGCUUAUGAGAGAUAACAAUUUGCUAGGCACCCCAGGUGAAAGUACUGAGGAAGAGUUGCUGAGAAGACUACAACAAAUUAAAGAGGGUCCACCUCCACAAAACUCAGAUGAAAACAGAGGUGGAGACCCUUCAGAUGAUGUGUCUAAUGGUGACUCUAUAAUAGACUGGCUUAACUCUGUCAGACAAACUGGAAAUACGACAAGAAGUGGGCAAAGAGGAAAUCAAUCUUGGAGAGCAGUAAGCCGGACUAAUCCAAACAGUGGUGAUUUCAGAUUCAGUUUAGAGAUAAAUGUUAACCGUAAUAAUGGGAGCCAAAAUCCAGAGAAUGAAAAUGAGCCAUCUGCAAGACGUCCUAGUGGAGAAAAUAUGGAAACCAACAGCCAAAGGCAAGUGGAAAAUCCACCAUCUGAAUCAACAUCUGCAAGACCAUCUAGGUCAGAACGAAAUUCAACUGAAGCAUUGACAGGGGAAGUCCCACCUACCAGAGGUCAGAGGAGGGCAAGAAGCAGGAGCCCAGACCAUCGGAGAACCAGAGCGAGAGCUGAAAGAAGUAGAUCACCUCUGCAUCCAAUGAGUGAAAUUCCAAGAAGAUCUCAUCAUAGCAUCUCAUCUCAGACUUUUGAGCACCCUUUGGUAAGUGAGACUGAGGGAAGUUCUAGAACCCGGCACCACGUGACAUUGAGACAGCAAAUAACUGGACCUGAGUUGAUAAGUAGGGGUCUUUUUGCAGCUUCCGGAACAAGAAAUGCCUCUCAAGGAGUAGGUUCUUCAGACACACCUGGCAGUGGUGAAUCUACAGGAUCAGGACAGAGACCUCCAACCAUAGUCCUUGAUCUUCAAGUAAGAAGAGUUCGUCCUGGAGAAUAUAGGCAGAGAGAUAGCAUAGCUAGCAGAACUCGGUCAAGGUCUCAGACUCCAAACAACACUGUCACUUAUGAAAGCGAACGAGGAGGUUUUAGGCGCACAUUUUCACGGUCUGAGCGGGCAGGUGUGAGAACCUAUGUCAGUACUAUCAGGAUUCCUAUUCGUAGAAUCUUAAAUACUGGUUUAAGCGAGACUACAUCUGUUGCAAUUCAGACCAUGUUAAGGCAGAUAAUGACAGGUUUUGGUGAGCUAAGCUACUUUAUGUACAGUGAUAGUGAUUCAGAGCCUAGUGCCUCAGUCCCAAGUCGAAAUAUGGAACGGGUAGAGUCACGGAAUGGAAGAGGGAGCUCUGGUGGUGGUAGCAGUUCUGGUUCCAGUUUGAGUUCCAGUUCCAGUCCUAGUUCCAGUUCUAGUGGUGAAAGUUCAGAAAGUAGCUCAGAGGUAUUUGAAAGUGGUAAUGAAGGAAGCUCUUCAUCAGGUGCCAGGCGAGAGGGUCGACACAGGGCUCCAGUCACAUUUGAUGAAAGUGGCUCUUUGCCCUUCCUUAGUCUGGCUCAGUUUUUCCUCUUAAAUGAAGAUGAUGAUGACCAACCCAGAGGACUCACCAAAGAACAGAUUGACAACUUGGCAAUGAGAAGUUUUGGUGAAAACGAUGCAUUGAAAACAUGUAGUGUUUGCAUUACAGAAUAUACAGAAGGCAACAAACUUCGUAAACUACCUUGUUCCCAUGAGUACCAUGUUCACUGCAUUGAUCGCUGGUUAUCUGAGAAUUCUACCUGUCCUAUUUGUCGCAGAGCAGUCCUAGCUUCUGGCAACAGAGAAAGUGUUGUGUAAUUAAGAUCUGAACUCUCAGCUGUGUGGCUGGAAUAGUGAUGGGCAAACAGGAAUCACUUGCUUUAUGUCCACUUUUUGAGUGGUGCUUAAAUGUAAAGUAAUAACCUGAAUUGAGUCAUUGCUUUCUGAAAGAAUCUCCAAUUUAUCUUCCAUAAUAAAAGAAAAUAUUUGAAAAGCAAUGUUUUAGGACCUAAAAGUCUUAUUUCAGUACCAGGUGAAUUGACAGUAUCUGUUACUGAUGAUUUAUCAUGUAUACUUGUCAGUUUCUCCUUUGUUAUCUUAAACUAUCUGCCUUAGCAAUGGCUCUUGUCUGUUUCAUAUUGAUCUUUUAAAGUUUCCCAUGCCAUAGGAAAGAGGGGCAAAGAAAAUUCCUGGCUAAGACUAAGUUACAGUAUGUGUUAAAUAAGUGAUUACUUAAAGCUAUACCAUUCCCAGUUAUUAGUUGACACUAUUCAGUCACAUUCUGAAUAUUGUUUGUUCACUUUUCAGACUCGGUGAUACUGGACACGUCAGUGUAAAUAACACUAAAGUUAGGAUCUUUUGAGUGUAUAACUGUCCUAAGCCCAUCACUGUGGCACACUUAUAGAGUGAGCUUAUAGUUUAAUUGAGAUAUUUAUCUUGUGGAAAUAUUAAAAAGCCUAUGCUUGUGUAAGUGAAAAAAAUCACAUUCAUUUGUUUAAAAAUGUAAAACUAUUUUGUAGAGGCGCAGUACUUUUCCAAUGCACUGUUGUAUUAAUGCAUUAAAAAUUGUAAAGUACCAUGCUUAGAAAUGAGAAAACUGCUUUUUGUGAGCCAACAUAGUAAAAAAAAAAAAACACACCAAACAAAGUACAAAGCUGCUUUUGUAAGUGUGUAGAUGUCAAGAGCAGAACAUAUCUGUAUUUAAUGUAUGUGAACAGCUACUGUGACAUGAAAAGGAAGGACUAUGCAGAAUAAAACUGCAUUAAAGACCAAUGGAAAUCAGAUUUUAACUUGGAUUUAGGCAGGAAGUGAAAGAUGAGAGUAAAGAAAACUGCUCUGAAGAAAGUUUUCAUGAAGACAGUAAUGCAGACUGGUUUCAUUUGGUGAGAGCAGCAGCAGCAGCUUGACCCAGUAUUCUAUUUGAAUAGAUGAGGCAGAAGAUCAGCAAAUUUGGCAGUUUUCUUUGGUUUAAAUAAAACAAACCACUACCACUUAGCAUAAGUUAAAUUGAUGUUUUUGCAAGUCUGCUCCUCAAAAAAAAGGUGGAGGAAAGCGACUAUAAACCAUUUUUAACAUAAUAAUUGCAGUUGGUACAGAUGUGUGUGCUAAUAGGAAAGUCUUGGAUUUGCUUGUUUUCAAGAUUUAUCAUGUAAGGUACUAGAGCACACUUGUUAAUAUUUCGUCACUGUCUAGCACAGAUCUAACAUGUCACAUUUUAAGAUAUUGAUAAGGGAUUUUUGAGGAUAAAACUCUUAAGGAUACUUUUAAGGAUAGAACUUAGUUGAAAGUGAAUCAGUGUUGGGUUAUUUGAAAUUCACAUUUUAAUUGUGCUGCCCAUAUGUGAAGAUGAGACUGCUUCUCACCAUCUAUGGAUAGGUACUUUGUUAUUUUCUUAGUAGUAAGAAUAGAUUCAUGAUAACACCAAUACUCUUAUUUAAUUUCUCUUUUGAGGCUGGUUGGGGUUAGGAUUAUUUUGACUAUGGAGCAGAUAAUUUGUUUUUCUGGGAAAAGCUAAUAGGCCAGAAGAGAGAUUGAACACGUCCUUGGCCUUUAACAAAAUGAGCGAACUACCCAGAUAUAGUAAUACUCUACAAAAUAAACAAGUCUGCUUUAGGAAUUACCUGGUUACCUUCACUGUUACCACCUUAGUUGUUAAGAUUAUUUCAAAGUUCAUUCUUUCAUGUUUUCUUCUGGCUCUCAAUCCUACCUAAGUAUCAAGGAAAUUUAACUUGUAAAUAUGGUAGUUGUUUACUAAGGAUAUGUACUGCUCUUGCAAGGAAGUAAUGUCCAAAGCUUCACUUAUUUUUUUUUAAUAUAAGCAGAUUUCACUGUUUAUGGCGCUUGUGUAAUUUUAUCUUUUUAAAAGAAUUAUCCAUGUAAAAUUCAGGAUUUCUUUAUAUUUGUGAGCCUCCUUGUCCCCUUUCCUAAGGUGUAAUCAUAGUUUUCAGAUCUGUGGGGUAGUCCUGAUUAAAAUAAACCCGUUUUCCUCUUGGUAUAAGAUGUUACAUUAUUACAGGGGUGUUCACUUUAAAUAGCUUAAAAACAACUACAGCACAUUAUAAGCAUAAAAGGAAGUUUAUUGUCAACAGGUAUCUUCCUAACCUCCCAAAACGUAUUACUCAUUUGUGAAGUAUUCACGUAAGAGGUAACUAAAGCAGAAUUCUGGUUAUGAAUGUAGAUGCUGAAGCUAUUAAUAAACACUGGAGAUAGAACUUUUAAGUUUUUAACCCUCAAUAGAUGCACAUAUUUGACAUGUGCAUGUAGACACCUUUUUCAGUAGCACUCAUAUCCAUUGGAUUUUGUAGAAUGAAUUUAAGUAUUUGUAGCAGAAAUUGCUACUUUUUAUUUUGCAGUCCAUGAUUAUUACAUACAACUAGUGUUGUGGACAUUAAAGACAAGAUCAUUUGUAAGGGUCAGAUGGACAAUGGAGAACAAAAAUCUUUUUUUCCCCCACCAGAGUCCAGACACCUAUUUGUGAGGGAACAUUUUCUUGCAAAAGACUACAUUUCGUCUUGUAUAUUUGCACUUUUUCUGUCUUUAAGACCUACUUUGAACUUCAUGCAGUAAUAGGAACGAGAAAAAACUUGGGAGAUUACAUUGUUCAAAGCAUAGGGAAAAGUACUAAAACCUAAAUUACCUUUAAUAUUUAAGAUGGUUUUCAAAAUUCACUUACUAGUGUGAAACAUUUGCAGUGUUUCGUUUAAGCGCCUGAUAAGGUUGGGAUUUAUUAGGACUAGAAAACAAAAUUAAGUCAAAAGUUUGUAGACUGGCAACAUUAGAAGACAGCUGUGUUAAUUUGAAAUAUUUGCUCUAAAAAGAAUGUUAGUGAUACCUCCCUCAGUGGUGUUAAUGGAGGUGGAGAUUGAGAAAACUGUUUAUAUUACUGUUGGAAUGUAGGUAAUUGUACAGUUCAUAACAAAACCAUUAGUGCCAGGAGAUAUUACAGUCAGUCUUUAAGAACAUGAUUAUUGGAGUUCGUCCAAAUUUUUAAGAUUAGGAAACUGGUUAGCUGUAAAUGUUACAUCAAAUAAUGUGGGGUUCUUUUCCUGAGGGAACAUUCUUUCCAUGCCAAGUAUUCUCCCCAUUGUCAUUGUCUCAUUUAUGAAGGGUUAUCACUUAGUACGCUUUGUAUAUAACCACCUGCUUCCCAACUGCUCACAAAAUGAAAUGGGUUGAUCAUCAGGUAUGACUUUCAGGCAGUUCCCCAAAUAAUCAUGUGAUAGGGAGGUGAUGUUGCAAAAUGCUUCUUAAAAGGCCAUUCUUAACAGGCUUGCUAGAAUACAGUGGCACCUUGUGGUUGUUGAUAUUUUUAUUUUACAGAUAGGAUAUUUUUAUCCCCCCCAUAUUCUUUUGUUCUUUUAUGAAAAGAUUGUAAUCUGCCUUGUUUGAUUUUUUUUUUUUAAAUCUUACUGGCUUCCUGUCAAGUGUUUUACCAAUAUGAAGUACAUAGAAGCCACACUUGUUAGGGCACUUUUUAUUCUUUACAAGUCUUAUGAGACUAUAUUGAUUGCUACUUUCUAAAGUAUUCUGUACCUUAGUAAUACAAGACGUUGAUAAGGCACAUGUUAAAAUGUCAGUGUGUUUUUCCCUUUAGUAUAAUUCUUCAGUAUGUUUAAUAUUCAAUAACUGUUGUAAUUUGUUGAAUUAACUAGUACUUUUGCAAAAAGCAUUUGGAAAUGUAAAUUGAUGUUAACAUGCUUUGUGUGGAAAGUUGAAGUGCAAGGUCUGAGGAACUACUAUUUUAUUUUUGAAUCAGAAUUUUAAUAAACAACUAAAAGCAGCUGUAAGUUCAGUACCUGCCCUUUAAAAUUUUUUAGCAUUCAGAAAUUAAGAAUUCUUUUCCUUAACUGGAACAUUUCUAAAAUAUUGUCUAAUACUUCUAACAAGUGAAUGGGCUCAUGUAAGUAAUUCUAGUUUGUAUGUACUAAAGGUCUACAGUAUAGAACUCUCAAGGGGUAAAGUAUAGUUUAUAGGUUUUAUGAUUCUUUUCAUGUCUAUAUAGAUAAUUUGGAUUCAGACCUAAAAGAAAUGGGUAUAUCCAGAACUCAAAAUUACAAUGAGAGCCUUAUUUUUUAUUAUGAUUUGUUUACUAAAGUUCCACAAGCUGCAGUAUAGUCAUUUGGGUUGAGUGAGAGUGAACCCCAUGAUACCACUGUGCCUUGUUAUUUCAAGGUUCCUCUAUCAGUUCCUCAUCUUGCAGAUUGAUUCCAAUAUCAAGUUAUGGCUGAGCCAGCUGCCCAGCCUUAGCUCUGUAUUUAGUGCCGUGUUAACUAACCUCCUUUUAACUGAUAAUUUGUGUUUUAACUGUCCAAUGUUUGGAUUUACCUCUUGAUAGCUCCAUUGUCCCUGGUGCUGCUUUUAAACAUGUAGGGCCAUGUGAUCAGGUAUCAAGUUGAGUAGGUACGCAGUUGGCCUGGUUAUGUAUCUGUGCCUGUUUUAUCUUCUCCCAGGAAGAGCUGCUUUAGUGGAUGUUUACUUGGAUUCAUACAAAGAACUGGGCAGCAGUUUUGGAAAGCUUUCUGAAGCCUAUAAGAACCUAAAGGGAUUUGGAAGGGGAACAGUAACAAAGGCUGCCUUUAUGUUUUUGAACAUGAAGCAGAUAAAUGUAUGCUCUGUAAAGACUAAAGUGAUUGUUAUACCAGGGCUUCCUGACCUCUGGGAGAGACUUUCAAAAAAGCAGAGCACAAAGUGAAAUGAAUUUGGUUGGCUUGCUUUACCUGGUUUCUCAUUUUCUUUCAGUUUAAACCUGAACAUAACACCUUUCAAUAUCUAUCCAGCAAACUCCUGGUUGGGAAGCCCUGUAUUAAAUCUUGAGAAUGUACCCAAUUUCCUUUUUUUGUACAGUGCUUUACACCUGCUAAAAAUUAACUUGUUUAAUGCAAAACAAGACCUUGAAAGGUCAGUCAUAUUAAAGCUGGUUUGAUUAUUAAUAGUUAUCUUUUAGGAAGAAGCUUUUUCCCUAUGUAAGAUGUCAUACUGCAGAUUUAAAAUAUAGACUACCAAUAAAAUGCAUGAAGUGAUCAUUUGUGCUUUUUCAUCUCUCCUUGGGGUUUCUUUAAAAGGGGGACUCUGAUAAAGGUUCCUUUGCUUCAAUGUCACAGACUUGAUUUUUAGAAUCAAGUGGAAUUACAUUGCAAUCUUGAUUUUGAUUCCCUUCUGCUAUGAGUAUGGGCAGGUACUGACUUUUGUGGUACAACUUCAGCUGUAUCUGUGUUGUGUAGUUGACUGGCUUAAUCUUUAGUAAAAAUAAAAAGUGUCUUCUAAAAACCCUAGGAAGAUUGGUAUAAGUGACAUUUUAAGUAGGUGCAUCUUUGUUGUUUCUUGUAUUCUCGCCAUUGCCCUGACUACUCCCUUCCUUGACCUCUGUAGACAGAAGUCUUCUGGGUGUGCAUGUGUGCUCAUGCAGCUUCUGUCUUCCAUUCCUGCCUCCUACCCCUUAAGCAUGCUGCCUAAGCCACUAAGAUGUCUUUGUUUCUAAGUAGAUCAUCACAUUCUGAUACUUGGAUGGCUUCCUCUUGGUAUGCAUUUAGCUGAUGGUGAUUAUUUUACUUUCAUUUCCUCUGGUGCCUGCAGAGUUUUCUCAUUGGUAUCUGAACUCAGUUCCUCAGGAUAGUUUUGCUGUGGUAAGCUUCACCUCAUUACCUUCUCCUAGGGUUUUAAUUUUAGUGUCUCACGAUCCUGUUCUUUGAAACUCGCCACCACCACUGAAAAGUUAGCACUGUAAGCAAUAUGUGGGCAUGUUUGAGAGAAAAUCAGUGAAAAGGACCCAGAUCCUAGAAUAAGAUUUGAUAAACCUUGGUAGAUUAUAAACUUCACUUUUUUUUGGUGGUACACAGAUUUGAACUCAGGACCUCACACUUGCUAGGCAGGUGCUC